GUUUGGUUUAAGCUCAUGCCCAAUAUGUUUGGGCGAUCCUAGAGAUCCAGUAAACCUUCCUUGUGAUCACGUAUAUUGUUAUGAUUGUAUCAAACAAUGGCUGGGGCCAGGACAGAUGAGUUGCCCACUUUGCUUGGUCGAUCUACCAGAUGAUUACAAUCCCACAGUGUCUGAAAAGCACAGCAUUGCCAUAAAGAAAAAUGCCCAGUUCCGUAAAUUAUGCAACAGUUUUUUUGUAGACCUGGUUUCUACAAUGUGUUUCAAAGGCAAUGAUCCUCCAGAGAAAUCUGUGAUUGUAGAACUAUUGAAGCUGAUGUUUGUCAACAAAUCAGUUUUGAGAGGCAUUGGAUGCUUAUAUACCAAAUCUUUGUCCCCCUUUGAUGAUGUGGUGGAUAAAACUCCUGUAAUCCGUUCUGCAGUGUUAAAAUUGCUUCUGAAAUACAGCUUCAGCAAUGUGAAAGUCCAUGUACAAAAGCAUUUAUCAGAAGUGGAAGCAAAUCACAUGAUAGACAAGGAAGAUAAAAUAGAGCUGUACAUGCUAUUCAUCAGUUGCUUUGAGGAUUCAUUGUGUGAGAAAACAGGAAAUUUUCCCAAAGAAACCAAAAUACAUUGCUUGGCAAAGGAUGUGCAUUUUCUGAGGGAAAACAUUCAUCUGUACAACAGCAGCCAUCCAGUCUCCCAAAAAAUUACCAUUGAGUAUUUGCAGGGAAUUGCCAGCCUACGUCUAUGCUUGGAUAGAGCUGCAGAGGUGAUCUUUGAACUCCAUGAAACUUCAGCCAGUAGUGAAGAAAAAGAAAAGAAAAUCCAAUUGGAAAAUGUGAGGCAGUUCUUCCAUCUUACUCAAAAUAACUGGCAUAACAUUUACCUUGUGCGAACGCUUACUAGCCAGUACGGUUUGGAAUUCACACAGAAGCUUUUGAAUAACCACCAGUAUCACUGGAUAUUUCCAUCAGAAAUAAUUGAAGAGCAAAAGGCAUUCCAACCUGGUCGCAUUGAUCAUUUCCUGGUUUGUGGCAAGGACUACAAAGCCAUACGCGAUGCUGUGGAGAAAGCAUUGAUAACAUGCGAGACAGAAGUCAUUGCAGCAGCCCUGAAGGUGUAUAAGGGCUCCAAUUCUGCACUGCCAGUUCAUUUUCUUUUGACUGUCUUCAGAGAGCUCACAUCACUGUAUGGAUGCAGUGGCCCAAAUGGUCGCCCUAAGCAGAAGCAAUGUGAUAUACUUAAAGAAUUUAUCCAGAACUCCAGGGUUCUUCCAUCUGCAAACCUGAAGUCAUUUGCUGAAUCUCUGGUGUCUAAUCAGCUCCCCUUGUUGACCCUGGCUCCUCUGUCUUUCGGCCACAACAGGAUGGUGAUUGAAAUGGCAGUUCAUACUGCAGUUGUUUUGCUUUGUGGCCAGAAUCGAAUCCUUGAUCCUCUAAGGAAUCUCGCAUUCUUGCCUAAUACAAUGCUGAAUGCUUUUCUGCCAACCAUGCCAGAAGACAUGUUGGCUCAAGCUAUGACGUGGAAAUUAAAGGGAAACGUUCAUUGGUAUAAAUGUCCAAAUGGUCAUCCCUGUUUUAUUGGAGAGUGUGGUCAACCUAUGGAACGUAGUCGUUGUGCUGAUUGUGGUGUUCCAAUUGGAGGUGAUAACCACAGGGCAGUGGCAAACUUCCAAAGAGCAAGCAAUAGUGAGGACAAGACACAGACAGGCCACAUACUUGGAGAUCCUAGGAAAAGGGAUCCAGUGAUCACAUCGGAGAGGGAGUUGUCUCCUGCUGUCCUAAUUCUGAUUCGCUUGCUUACUCAUUUAGCAUUGCUUCUGGGAGCCUCAAAUGAUGCCCAGGUGUCGGGUUAAAAAUGAAAAGCCGAGUGGAAAAAUUUCUGGAUGUGUGGAACAAACUCCGAUUAUCCAUAGAAACAAAUGGUGAAAUUAAGCUUCCUAAAGAUUAUUGCAGUAUGGACCGCACUGUGAAAGAUCCAUUUGAAAUCCUUUUGCCUCGCCGGAGAGAUCUAGGCCUUUGUGCCACCUCCUUGGUCAGCUACCUCAUUCAGUUGCACAAUUAUUUCAUCAACACCAUAGCAAAGGAUUCAGCGGAUGCCAAUAGAUACUCUGUCAGCCCUGCUGAAGUGGCUGAUCUGCAUGUGAUCAGUUAUGAAGUCGAAAAGGAUUUGAUCCCAAUCAUCCUAUCCAACUGCCAGUAUAGCGUGCAGAAAGGAGGAGAGGCCCUGCAGGAGUUUGACCUGGAAAAAAUUGAGCAGCAAGUUGUCAGUAGAUUCCUACAAGGGAAGCCCACAAUCACAUUGCAGGGCAUACCCACACUGAAACACAGAUAUGACCAAAAUUUUGAGCAUCUGUUCAGCAAUAUCAAGACAAAGCUGAAAACUCAGAGCUCCCUUUCAAAUUCUAAAAUGGGCAUGAUCAGAGGAGACCUGGUAUCGUAUAGUGACAUCUGUGAGGCACUCUCGGUCACUGAAAUUAUUUUAGGAUUCCUGGCUACAACUGGAGGUGACUCACAUAUGACUUUGACUGAUUACACGAAAAAUGUCCUGCAGAUGAGCAAUCAGAUAAGUCUUCCAGUGAUGAAGGCACUGAGCCGAUGUCAGAUAAAGCAUGCCAUUUCAUUGUGGCAGCUCCUUUCUAGUCAUAAAUCAGAACAGCUGCUGCAUUUGAAAAAGGAUCCGUUUGGAGAGAUCAAUGCAGCCUAUAAAGAAGAACUCACAGAAAAGAGCACCGAUCUUCUCAAAGCUUUCCUCACCCAGACAGGGCUGGAGCCCUUCCUUCAAGAGUUGCAUGAAAUGAUUAUGCUGAAAUUGAAACACGCCAAAGUUGGAGAAGAGUACAAUCCUACAUGGGGCCUGAAAGAAGUACUUAUUCCAUAUCUUGAAGGAAAAGGUAGCAGUGAGCUUCAGGACUUGGAUGAUCUGUUCCCAGACGAUAUCCUGGUUUCCCAGUGUAUCGCUGCCUGGAAAGUAACUGCUACUCUUAAACAAAGUGGAUGCGGUCCAGGAAAUUAAUCCAGACCCUUUCCUAUCACCCUCUAUUCACUGAUGAGUGGAGCAGUGUAUUUAAUUGCCAGAUUUUCUUUAUACUUGUAAAAAAAGAAAUGAAAGAGAUAACAAGCUUUUGCAUUUAAGGUGAUCCCAAAUUAAAGGAUCAUGGUGCUAAAUGUGAAUAAAUAGUAAUGCACAAACCCAAAGGAAUUGUUGCUUUAGAUAAUGAAGGAUUUCUAGUGUAAAAUACAAGUUGCAUAAGGACACUGCAUUCAAAGGAAAGUAUUUUCAUUGUUAGAGAUUUCUAAAAGGACCAUGUAAUGUCUAUAACUUUGGCUUUAUAGACUUCAUUAUAAACUUCCCUCUUUAAUCUGUUUAGAAUUGGCAAGGGGCAGAGAAGCAAUCUUCUUUCCCUCAACUGGAUUUUCUAAAUGCUACCAAUAUUAUCUUUUUUAAAAAAAAUCAGGGACCAGAAUUUCUCAUACAUUGAAUUGUCUACUUCUCUGAGACCUAGGUAUCUGAGCAACUAGUUAGAAUCAAGCAAGAAUGUAAGUGAACCAUCCCAACCAUGUUUACUGAUAGUAUGAGGUUGCACUUCCUUUGAUUUACUGAUUUUUUUUCUAAGAAGCUGUGGAUAUUAAUAUUUUUCCUGUUUAAAUAUGAUCUUGUGAGAUAGACCAGUAUCUACUACCAUGUUAUGCAUUAAGCAUUGUCAUUCCAACCCUCUCUAGAACUUGAAAUGGAGCUUGUGCUCUUCCUUCAAUUGUGCCAGGGUGAUGUCUUAAUACAGGUUGCUGUACUGCCAGAGUAUGCCUUGAACUUUUUUUUCCCAAUAUUCAAAAAUUGCAAUGUAUAAAAAUUACUUUCUAGUCUUUUUUUUCUUCUAAUAAAAAAUCUUUGUUACAAAGGU